CGCGCGCAGCCUGGGCCCCGGCCGGGCCGCGGGGAGGGGGCGGCAUGAAAGUGACCGUGUGCUUCGGGCGGACCCGGGUGGUCGUGCCGUGCGGGGACGGCCGCAUGAGAGUUCUCAGCCUCGUGCAGCAGGCGGUCACCCGGUACCGCAAGGCCAUCGCCAAGGACCCGAGCUACUGGAUACAGGUGCACCGCCUGGAGCAUGGAGACGGGGGGAUCCUGGACCUGGACGACGUGCUCUGUGACGUGGUGGACGACAAGGACAGGCUGGUGGCGGUGUUCGACGAGCAGGAUCCCCACCACGGAGGCGAUGGCACCAGCGCCAGCUCCACGGGUACCCAGAGCCCGGAGCUGUUUGGGGGCGAGCUGGGCCCCAGCGGCGCGUCGGCCUUCCAGCCCUACCAGGCCCCGAGCGAGAUUGAGGUCACACCCUCCGUCCUGCGCACAAAUAUGCCCCUGCACGUGCGCCGGAGCAGCGACCCCGCCCUCGUGGGCCUGUCGACCUCGCUCAGCGACAACCACUUCUCCUCCGAGGAGCCCUCCAGGAAGAACCCCACGCGCUGGUCUACGACGGCCGGCUUCCUCAAGCAGAGCCCGUCGGGUGGUCCCAACACCUGCGACAGGAAGAAAGAUGAGAACUACCGGAGCCUGCCGCGGGACACGAGCAGCUGGUCCCAGUUCCAGAGGGACAACGCACGGUCAUCUCUGAGUGCCAGCCACCCGCUGGUGGACAAGUGGUUGGAGAAGCAAGAACAGGAGGAGGAUGGCGUGGAAGAGGACAGCAGCCGCGUUGAGCCCCUGGGACACGCCGACACUGGCUCAGAGAACAUCCCCAGCUUCUCCCUGGAUGACAUGGUAAAGCUCGUCCAAGUCUCCAACGAUGGCGGGCCCCUGGGGAUCCACGUAGUGCCCUUCAGUGCUCGAGGUGGCAGAACGCUAGGUUUGCUGGUGAAGCGGCUGGAGAAAGGUGGCAAGGCUGAGCACGAGGGCCUCUUCCACGAGAACGACUGUAUCGUCAGGAUCAACGACGGCGACCUUCGCAACAGGAGGUUUGAGCAGGCGCAGCACCUGUUCCGCCACGCCAUGCGUACGCCCGUCAUCUGGUUCCACGUGGUGCCCGCCGCCAGGAAGGAGCAGUACGAGCUGCUGUCUCAGAGCGAGAGCCGCCAGGCCUGCGCCCCCCGCCCCAGCCCCGACAGCCCGGCUGUGGCCGACGGCAGGGCGGGGGGCGGCCUGGGGCUCCCCGGCCCGGCCCGCGCGCCGGAGCCCGGGGACGCCCACCCGCGACCACCUCCGAGCGCGCCUCUGCCCGCCCCGCUCGCCCACGGCACCAAGAAGGUCGGCCGGCGCCUGCACGUCCAGCUCAAGAAAGGUUCAGAGGGCUUGGGGUUCAGCAUCACUUCCCGCGACGUGACGAUAGGCGGCUCGGCCCCCAUCUACGUGAAGAACAUCCUCCCUCGCGGCGCGGCCAUCCAGGACGGCCGGCUCAAGGCCGGAGACCGGCUGGUGGAGGUGAACGGAGUAGACAUCGCGGGCAAGUCCCAGGAGGAGGUGGUGUCCCUGCUGAGAAGCACCAAGAUGGAGGGGACCGUGAGCCUCCUGGUCUUCCGCCAGGAGGACGCCUUCCACCCCAGGGAGCUGAAUGCAGAGCCAAGGCAGACGCAGAUUCCCAAAGACACGAAAGCGGAAGACGAGGAUGUCGUGCUCACCCCUGACGGCACCAGGGAGUUCCUGACGUUUGAAGUUCCCCUCAACGACUCGGGGUCUGCGGGGCUGGGUGUCAGCGUCAAGGGCAACCGCUCCAAAGAGAACCACGCGGACCUGGGCAUCUUUGUCAAGUCCAUCAUCAAUGGGGGUGCCGCCUCUAAAGAUGGGCGACUCCGUGUGAAUGACCAGCUGAUCGCCGUGAACGGGGAGUCGCUGUUGGGCAGGACGAACCAGGACGCCAUGGACGCCCUCAGGAGAUCCAUGUCCACCGAGGGCAACAAGCGGGGCAUGAUCCAGCUCAUCGUGGCACGGCGUGUCAGCAAGGGCGGGCAGCUGAAGUCGCCUGGGAGCCCUGCUGGACCUGAGCUGCCCAUCGAAACAGUGUUGGAAGACAGCGAGCGGCGGAUUUCGCACUCACUCUACAGUGGCAUCGAGGAGCUGGAGGAGUCGCCCGCGAGGAGCGCUGCUCUCGGUCGGAUCGUGGGUAAAUUCCAGCUGUCCCCCACUGUGAACAUGUCCCACGACGACAGCGUCAUCAUCGAAGACGACCGGCUGCCUGUGCUCCCGCCGCAGCUCUCCGACCAGUCCUCGUCCAGCUCCCACGACGACAUGGGCUUCGUGACCACAGAGGUGGCCACGUGGGCCAAGGCUGCCAUCAGUGAUUCGGCCGACUGCUCUCUGAGUCCAGAUGUCGAUCCAGUUCUUGCUUUUCAACGAGAAGGAUUCGGACGCCAGAGUAUGUCAGAAAAGCGCACAAAGCAGUUUUCAGAUGCCAGUCAAUUGGAUUUCGUUAAAACGCGAAAAUCAAAAAGCAUGGAUUUAGGUAUAGCUGACGAGACUAAACUCAAUACAGUGGAUGACCAGACAUCAGGCUCCCCCAGCAGAGACGUGGGGCCCUCCCUGGGCCUGAAGAAGUCCAGCUCCCUGGAGAGCCUGCAGACGGCCGUGGCCGAGGCGACCCUCAACGGGGACAUUCCUUUCCACCGCCCACGGCCGCGCAUCAUCCGAGGAAGGGGCUGCAACGAGAGCUUCCGGGCGGCCAUCGACAAAUCCUAUGACAAGCCCGUGGCCGACGACGACGAUGAAGGCAUGGAGACCUUGGAAGAAGACACGGAAGAAAGCUCUCGGUCAGGAAGAGAGUCUGUGUCCACAGCCAGCGACCAGCCGUCCCACUCCCUGGAGAGACAGACAAACGGCAACCAGGAGAGGGGUGACAAGACCGACAGGAAAAGGGAUAAGACCGGGAAAGAGAAGAAAAAAGACAGAGACAAAGAAAAGGACAAAAUGAAAGCCAAGAAAGGCAUGCUGAAGGGCUUGGGAGACAUGUUCAGGUUUGGCAAACAUCGAAAAGAUGACAAGAUUGAGAAAACGGGUAGAAUAAAAAUGCAGGAAACCUUUACGUCAGAAGAGGAGAGGACACGAAUGAAGCAGGAACGGGAGAGGAUUCAAGCCAAAACCCGAGAAUUUAGGGAGCGACAGGCUCGGGAGCGCGACUAUGCUGAGAUCCAGGACUUUCACCGGACGUUCGGCUGUGGUGAGGAGUCGAUGUACGGGGGCCUUUCUCCCUAUGAGGGCUCCCUGGCCCUCAACGCCAGGCCCCAGAGCCCGCGAGAAGGACACCUGAUGGAUGCUCUGUAUGCACAAGUGAAGAAGCCGCGGAACCCCAAACCUUCACCCGUGGACAGCCGAGCCGCCCCUAGCAACCACGACCGGAUACAGCGUCUGCGGCAGGAGUUCCAGCAGGCCAAGCAGGAGGAGGACGCGGAGGACCGGCGGCGCACCUACAGCUUCGAGCAGCCCUGGCCCAGCUCCCGGCCGGCGGCGCAGAGCGGCAGACACUCGGUGUCGGUGGAGGUGCAGGUGCAGCGGCAGCGGCAGGAGGAGCGGGACAGCUUCCAGCAGGCCCAGCGCCAGUACAGCUCCUUGCCGAGGCAGAGCAGGAAGAACGCCAGCUGCGUGUCGCAGGACUCAUGGGAGCAGAGCUGCCCGCCAGGGGAGGCCUUCCAGAGCGCCAAGGACAGCCCGCGCUACUCCAGCUACCAGGGCUCCAAGAACGGCUACCUGGGCGGCCACGGCUUCAAUGCCAGGGUCAUGUUGGAGACGCAGGAGCUGCUGCGCCAGGAGCAGCGGCGCAAGGAGCAGCAGAUGAAGAAGCUGCCGGCCCCCGAGGGCGCCUACGCCCCGGCCAAGGGCCCCUUCCGGCAGGACGUGCCCCCGUCGCCCUCGCAGGUGGCACGGCUGAGCAGACUGCAGGCGCCCGAGAAGGGGCGGCCCUUCUACUCCUGAGCCGACGGACGGACGGACGCACGCUCCAUGGCACAGUGAGGCACGCCUGGGGGCACCGCGGCGCCCGUGUCAGUGCCUUCUCGCCGUGCCGCAGGGAACCCGAAGGCCUUAACGCCCUCGCCACGGCGGGCGGCGCACGCGUGUCCUGGACAAUCACCGGCCCCGCCCUCGCCGGGUCCCGCGGACCUGGGCCCCACCCGCGGGACGGAGUGCAGUGUGGCCGCCGGCGCCGGUCUUGCCUCGUCGCUGGCCGCCAGGACUGGGGCCUCCGUGCGGGCUCCCUGGGACCGGACAGCCCCGAGCCCUGAGAAGCUAAGCCAUAUCCCACACCGUGGGUUACCCUGGGUCUUUUGUAACUGCCUGUAACCCUGUUCCAAUAAAGCGAGCAUCCUAGU